CGCCUGGGCGCAGGCCCCAGAGCUCGGGGUGGGCUAAUUGUUUUCAUUCCUCGCGUCACGCCUGGGCGGGAAAGAUUUUGAACACCGCGUGAGAUAGAACGGCAGAGCUGCGGCGCAGAGAUUGCAAAAUCGUGGGCGUUCACUUCUGUAACUGAGAUGGACAUGAGAUAAUCUCCAUCGAGUCAAAAAAUGGCAUCUAGUCCUGACCUUCCCCACAGAAAUCAACAGGCUGCCUUGGGCAUUGACCAUCUCCAGGUGUCACUGCAAGCCAAACAGGAAGACACUCAGAAGAAAACCUUCACCUGCUGGAUAAAUUCACAGUUGGCCAAGCACACCUCUCCCUCAGUUAUAUCAGACUUAUUCGCAGACAUUAGAAAGGGGCAUGUCCUCUUGGAUCUGCUAGAAGUACUCUCAGGACAGCAGUUGCCUCGUGAUAGAGGAUCUAAUACACACCAGUGUAGACUCAAUAUAGAACAUGCUCUGAAGUUCCUGGAAAACCAAUCAGUCAAGCUAAUAAAUGUCCACGUUGCUGAUAUUAUAGAAGGAAACCCAUCCAUUAUUCUUGGACUAAUUUGGACAAUUAUACUGCACUUCCAUAUUGAGGAUCUUGCCCAGUCUGAUUCUUGCAAUUACAAUCAAGCUUCCCCGGAUGAUAUGAGUGUGGCUGAUUCAUCUCCUACCUCAAGUCCUCCAGCAAAGAGAUGCCUCAAAGUCCAAGAGCGAUGGCAGUUGUCUGCAAAGAAAGUUCUUCUCUUGUGGGCUCAAGACAAAUGUGCCAGAUAUGAGUCUGUCAGUGUGACAGAUUUUAAGUCAAGCUGGAGAAAUGGGAUGGCUUUUCUGGCUGUCAUUCAUGCCUUGCGACCAGACCUAAUUGACAUGAAGAGUAUGAAGCAUCGAUCCAACAAGGACAAUCUGAAAGAGGCCUUUGGAAUUGCAGAACGAGAAUUAAAAAUCCCCAAAUUGCUGGAUCCAGAAGACGUGGAUGUUGUUAACCCCGAUGAAAAGUCAAUCAUGACCUAUGUGGCACAGUUUCUGCAAUAUUCCAAGGAUGCUUCUCGGACUGGAGAUGUGACUCAGAGCAAGGUAAAAGACGCUAUGGCCUGGCUAGCUCUGCAAGAGAAAAAGCUACAGGAGGCACUGAAGGAGUCAGAAGGCAAGACCUACUUUAAAAAGUACCAUAGCCUGACGUCCUAUAUGGAGUUAUUCAAUGAAGAAAAAGUACGCUUUCUGGAAGUACUGUCACCAAAAAGGGAUCAGCAGGAGCUGAAUGAAGAUGAAUUACAGUUGAGAGAAGCCUGGGAUGGCAUCAACCAAAAGAUUAACGCAUGGAAAACAAACCUGAACGAUGCCUUGCCCUGGCCCCUCUGUGAAAUUGAAGCGUGGCUUCAGGAGGUCAAGGAACUCAUGGAGGAGGAGUUACCGACCUCGCAGAAUUACUCCGAAGCCAUGGCUCAGACAGAAGAGAAAAUGACUUUAUUCAAGAGUCUGAUGGACAGAUCUGACUAUCAUUCGAGUAUUCUCAUGGCUUUUGAAAAUAAAGACGAAGAGCAUUUGCCAUUGGUGCCCCUUAACACCCUGGAGGAGAUGAAGAGACGAGUGAACAACACUUUAGGGAACAAUUUCACUCUACUUCUAGAAUUUCACUACUUUAAAUGCUCAGUUCUUGGCUUGCUAGAUGAAGUGAAACCAAAAUUGGAUUUUUGGAACAUAAAAUUUGGAAAGAAAGAAUCUGUGGAAUUAUUGCUGGAAGACUGGCAUAAUUUUAUUGAAGAAAAAGAGUUCAUAGCUCAACUUGAUACUGCUUUUCAAAAAUGUGAAGAAAUUUAUAAAAAUUUAGCUGGAGAACGUGAAAAUAUUAAUGAACAAUAUAUGGUGAUGGAAAGUAAUAUUUCUGUGUACAGAAAAAAUAUAUAUAAUGUGAAGUCUACUCUAGAAAAAGUUCUGGCCUGUUGGGCUACUUAUGAGGAGAACCUUCGCUUACUGAAGGCUGGUUUUGAGGAGACAAAGAAACAAGUUAAAGAGGUUCCCUUUGAAACACUUGCCCAGUGGAAUGUAGAACACACCACUUUAAACGAAGUGGGAAGUUUCUUAAUUGAAGUCAGCAAUGAUGAAGUUGGAUCAUCUGUUUCUAAAGAACUGAGAAGGCUGAAUAAAAGAUGGAGAAAGUUUAUUACAAAAACUCCACUUGAAAUGAAAUUGCCACUUUCAAAAAAACAGGAUCAGCCCACUCUUGACAAUUCUAGAAAUAUUGUAUUACCUAAAGAAGAAGAAAAAUCGACUGUUGAUUUUUCAAAGAAUAUGUCAGUAGGACUUCCUGAAAAUUAUAAUCGGAAUAUAAAGGCUGUGGAAGAACAUGAAAAAGACCAUGAGGAAUCCACAGAACACCUAAAAGUGGCUGAAGAGGUUGAAAAACUCAUUGGACAAGUGGAGGUGUGGGAGGCAGAAACCAAAUCCAUUUUGGAUCUUCCGAAACAUCAAGAUAUUAUGGAUAGUACCAUAGAAAAAUCUUUGCAGCAUCUUAUUGCCAGAGGCUCAAUGUAUGAAGAGCUUCUGGCCAGAACUGAAGAUACUUUACAAAUGGAUGUUCAGAAUAUUUCAAGCCAGGAGUCCCUCCAGCACAUUCUCACAACUGGACUUCAGGCAAAGAUUCAAGAAGCGAAUGAGAAAGUCCAGAUCACUGUGGUAAAAUUAAUUUCAAUGUUGAAGAAUUCAACGGAUAUUUCACAAGAAUUGGAUGCCAAGCAGAAGGUAAAAGAGUCCCAGAUGGAAUUGGAAUCUUACAUUGUGAGAGCUGAACAGUUACUUGGGCAAAGACAGAGCCCCCGUGGACUCAUUUCAAAAUAUAAGGAAGCACUGAAAAUUUUUAAUACUAAUAGUCUGGCUAAGUAUUUGAAAGCAGUUGAAGAACUGAAACUUAACGUUCCUGAGGAUGUAAAGCUGUCUUUGGAAGAGAAGAGGAGGGAGGCCUGUGCCAGAUGGGAGUCUCUUCAUCAAGAAAUUUCUUUGUAUAUUCAGCAACUAAAAAUAGAUAUCGAAAAAGGAAAACUUAACGACAACAUUUCCAAGCUUGAAAAGCAAAUAAAUAAAGAAAAGAAACUUAUUCGUAGAGGAAAGACUAAGGGUCUCAUCAAAGAACAUGAGGCCUGCUUUUCUAAGGAAGUCAUUGUGUGUCAGCUCCAUCACCAUGUGGAUGUCUUGAAGGCGCUGUGUGAAGAGCUGACUUCGCAGGAGCAUCAGCAAGAAGUGCAGAGAGUGCUCAAAGAUUAUGAGCAAAAGAUAGAAAGACUUCUGAAAUGUGCUUCUGAGAUCCAUGUGACUCUGCUGGCCCCUGUGGGGGGCACAUCAAAAGACGAGUUAGAACUUCCGAAGAGUAGCCAGGCUUUGGGGGAAACUGUGACCACAGCUGAGAAUGGCGGAAAGGGUUUCCACAGUGAGGUGCCAUUUGCCAAACCAGAUAAUCAGCUGUCGACUGAAAAGGUAGUGGAACCUGUUGAGAAUUUUAGCCUGACAUCGGAGUUAAAACUCCAACAACAAGAAAGCAUUAUGGAGCAGCUGGAAGAAGAUCACAGUGCAUCUAAAAAUAGAUUACAAAAGAGGUAUGAUACACACAAAGAGAUUCUUGAACUACAUCUGCAAAACAACAAAUUCAGGAUUACUUCUGAUUUCUCUAGUGAAAAGGAAAUGAGUAGUGCUAAUCUGCAGAAUAAACUAACAGAUUUACAGGUCUUAAAAAAUGAAACUAAUGCUUGCUGGAAAGAGUUUGAAAGCACUUCAUUGGAGUUAGAAAGUCUCAUGAAUGACACGGAGAAGCCUCUUAUAGUUAAGGAGAGAGACAGGUUAAAGGAAAAAGAAAAUGAGCUUCAAAUGUCUCUUAAUACCAGAGUGGAGUCUUUGGAGAUGGCACUGCAGGUCUUAUUACCAGUGGAGAAAGAGUCACUCUUCCUGUGUGGCUCAGACCUAUUUCCCUGUCAAGUGGCCAUCCAGGAAUUUCAUCUCGUGGACACUGAUGGCAUUUAUCAAAACUUGAGGAACAUCCAAGAUUCCAUAGUCAAACAGAUUAAAGUAUGUACCAGUUUAGAAGAGCCUGGCAACAUUGUAUUAAAGGAUUUACACCCACUUGAUCUACAUGCAACCCAGAAUAUUAUACUGAAAUGCAAAACACAGCUUGAAGAAAUGAACCACAAGCUGCAGAUGAGUGAAGAGGUCCUGAAAGCUCUGGGAGAGUUUAUAGAUUCUGUAAGAACAGUUAAGCUCUCUGUUGAUCUUGUUACCGACCUUUCAGCUUCAGAUGCACCGGUAGCCCCAGAAAAUACUUUGACAGUGAAAAAUAUCAAGAGAGAAAUUCGUCUGAUGAGAGACAAGGCUAGGCAUUUGGAUGAACGAUUGAAGAUGCUUGAUAUAAGCUUUGAAGAUGCAGACCUAGGUGAAGACACUUCCUGUAAAAAACUUCUUGAUGCCCUAACAAUGAAGUUAUUCGAGACACGUAUCUGUGACACACAGGAAGCAUUUGCUGAGGAAAUCAAUUUAGUAGAGACUUGUACUUCCAAAAAUGCGGAACUCUUUAAAAAUAUUCAAGACAUGCAAAAUCAGAUCGGUAAAAUUGGUCUUAAGGAUCCUACUGUUCCAGCUGUAAAACAUCGGAAAAAAUUAUUACUUAAACUGGAGAAAGAUAUAGAUGGGUAUGAAGAAGAGAAGAUACACUUGGAAGAAAUGGUUGAUUCUCUCCCCCAAUUCAAAGAUGGCAGAGAAAAACCUCUGAUUCAACAGUGCCAAACUACCCUGCUCUUGUGGGAAAAUACAAAAACAUCCAUUGCUGAAUGUCUUGAUCAAUGUGGAAGAGUUUUGGAGCUCUUAAAACAAUAUCAGAAUUUUAAAGGUAUCUUGACAACUUUGAUUCAGAAAGAAGAGAAUGUCAUCUCCCUGCAGUCUUCCUACAUGGGAAAGGAGAACCUGAAGAAAAGGAUCGCAGAGAUUGAAAUUGUCAAAGAAGAAUUUAAUGAACAUUUAGAAUCAGUUGACAAGAUAAACCAGAUCUGUAAAAAUCUACAAUUUUAUCUAAAUAAAAUGAAAACCUUUGAAGAGCCCCCUUUUGCAAAAGAGGCUAAUGUUAUUGUGGAUCGAUGGCUUGAUAUAAAUGAGAAGACAGAAGACUACUAUGAAAAUCUUGGUCGAGCUCUGGCUUUAUGGGACAAACUUUUUAAUUUGAAAAGUGUCGUUGAUGAGUGGACUGAAAAUGUCCUUCGAGAAAGGAAUUCACAGCUGACUGAAGAGGACAGAGAAAGGCUGAAGGAAGAGUUACAAGUCCAUGAACAACAAACUUCAGAAUUUUCUAGAAGAGUGACUGAAAUACAGUUUCUGCUUCAAAGUAAUGAAAAACCACUUGAAUUGCAGGUCAUGGAACGCUCUAUUUUGAACAAGAUGGAACAUGUGAAAAAGUAUAUAUCAGGAGAGUCCAAUUGCUUCGAGCUUGGUAGCAGCACAGCUGAGCUCAGGGAGGAUCUCGACCAAGCCAAGACCCAGAUCGGGAUGACAGAGUCCCUCUUGAAAGCCCUGUCUCCUUCCGACAGCUUGGAGAUUUUCACUAAACUCGAGGAGAUCCAACAAGAAAUUCUACAGCAGAAGCACAACAUGAUAGUACUUGAGCAUCAAAUAGGUUGUCUCACCCCUGAACUCUCUGAAUUGAAGAGGCAAUAUGAAAGUGUCAGCGAUUUAUUUAAUACCAAAAAAGGUGUUUUGCAAGAUCACUUUUCUUCAUUAUUGAAUGAUCAAUGCAAGAAUUUCAAUGACUGGUUCAGCAAGAUUAAAGUGAGGCUUGAAGAGUGCUUCGACUCAUCAGAAACAAAAAAGAGUGUGGAACAAAAGCUGCAAAUACUUUCUGAUUUCUUGACUCUUGAAGGAAGAAGCAGUAAAAUACAGCAGGUAGAAACUGUAUUGCAGCAUGUGAAGAAGCACCUACCUAAAGCCCAUGUUAAAGAGCUUAACAGUUGGCUUGUGAGUCAAGAAGUUGAAUUAGAAAAAAUGGUGUCCAUAUGUGAGGCCCAGGCAAAGGAACUCAAUAACUACCUGGAGCAGCUACUGAGACUGCAGGAUGAUUGCAGAAGCCUGAGUAAGUGGUUGACUAAUCAAGAAGAGGAAUGGAAAGAAAUGGAAGAAUCAGGAGAGAAAACUGAGCUAUUUUGUCAAGCAUUAGCUGAAAAGAGGGAACAUUUUGAAUCUCUGGUCCAGUUGAAUGACUCUUUGAAGGACCAUGGGUUUACUGAGGAAGAUGAAAUAAUAAACGAAUCAACAUGUUUGAUUGAAAGAUACCAGACAUUAUUGAGACAAUUACAUGAAAUUGAAGAAGAAUUUAAGUUGCCACCUGCUGAGGACCAGAGCUUUAAUGAUCUUGCACAUGAUGUGAUUCAUUGGAUACAAGAGAUUAAAGAGUCUCUUAUGGCUUUGAACUCAUCUGAAGGCAAAAUGCCACUCGAGGAAAGAAUCCAAAAAAUAAAGGAAAUCAUUUUACUAAAGCCUGAAGGGGACGCCAAAAUACAGACCAUUACGAGACAAGCCGAGAGCUGUGAGGCCCCAUUGGUGCAGGAGACCCUUGCUGAUAUCACCAAUCAGUGGGACAGCACACUGCAUCUGGCCAGCACAUACCUAAGCCAUCAAGAAAAGCUUCUGCUAGAAGGGGAAAAGUAUUUGCAAAGUAAGGAGGACUUGAGAUUAAUGCUCAUAGAACUAAGGAAGAAGCAAGAAGCAGGCUUUGCCCUUCAACAUGCUCUGCCAGAGAAGAAAGCCCAGUUAAAAAUUUAUAAGAAAUUCCUCCAGAAAGCACAAGAUUUGACAUCCUUGCUAAAGGAGUUAAAAUCUCAAGGAAAUUACCUCUUGGAGUGCACUAAAAAUCCCAGCUUCAGUGAGGAGCCUUGGCUGGAAAUAAAACAUCUACAUGAGAGUCUUCUUCAACAACUGCAGGAUUCUGUGCAAAAAUUAGAGGAUCAUGUUGAAGAACACCAUUCAUACGAGGUUUGCAUCAAAGAGCUGAAUACCACAUUGGACAAUAUCUCCAUGGAAUUAGUUAGUUUUUCUGAUUUGCCCGUGGAUCAAACAGCAAUUGAGGACAAAUUGCAGAAACUGCAGGAACUAGAAAGUAGACUCAGUUUACAAGAUGGCACACUGAAGAAGAUUUUAGCAUUAGCAAAAUCCAUCAAGCAAAAUACAUCUUCAGUGGGACAGAUUAUUAUUAAAGAUGAUAUAAAAUCACUUACGUGUAAACAAAAAGAUUUGGAAAACAGAAUUGAAUCUGCUAAACAGGAGACUGAAAAUUAUCUCAACAGCCUUCUCAAAUCAAAAUGCUCAAUAGAAAAGAAUGAGAAGUUUCCUCUGCCAGGCAGACAGAGGCAGGCCACUUCUGAGGUGGUGGAGUCCACUUGGCUCUUGGUGGGAGUGGAAGAGCUGGAGGAAGACUGGGAAGUAAACAAGAAUUCAGACGUGGAAAUGGUUUUGUCAAAACAAUUUCCUCUCCAUGUUCAAGAAAGCAUGAACAACGCCGAAGAUGAGCACAAAGUCAACGAGCUGCAAAAUCAGCCCUUGGAAUUGGAUGUUCUGCUGAGAAAUGAACAAUUAGAAGAGAUAGAGGAAUUAUAUAACCGAUUAGAAGCAAGGAAAACAGCCAUUGAACCACUAGAACAAUCUGAAUGUUUCAACAAAACAGAAGCAAGUGCCUUGGCCCUCCACAAUAAAAGAUAUUCAGCACAGCACUUGGACAAUCUGCUUCAGGCGCUUACUGCUUUGAAGAAAAAUAAAGAAAGCCAGUAUUAUCUCCUUAAACAUUUUCAAGAACAUGUCACCGCAGUUGAAUCCUUGAUGAAAGCCUUGUUGACAGAAAAGGAAAGUCUAAAAGUGGGACCAAUGGACAGUGAAAUCUAUCUGAACAAAAUUAAGAAAUUCCUGAGAUCAAUAGAAAAAGAGAAAGUUUCUUUAAGCAAGUUGAAAGCUGAAUGGGAGAGCUUAUCACCUCAUGUGACUGACAUGGAUAAGAAGCUGAUGGAAAACCAGAUUCAGCAGCUUGAGCAUGGUUGGGAGCAAAUGGAACACAUGGUUCAAAAGAAGCAUUCGCAGCAGGUAAUGGAAUAUGGUGAAUUCACCUCCCUUGUGAAUAAGUUUCAAGACAUGGAGACUUCUCUGCAAGAGCAGCAGCAGUGUCUACUGUUAAGGCUGAACUCUCUAGAAGAACAGGAGGGGAGCCACAGCAUCAUUGCCUCGGCCACUGAGCUCCAGGCCAUCAAGCAUGGGUUUUCUAUUUUAAAGACACAAGCUGAACUUCAGAUGAAGAGGUUCUGGGGAGAAAAAGAAAAGAAGAUUUUAGAAGAUGCAAUAAAUAAUUUGAAGAAGCAAUUGGAAACAUUGGAUCCAUUAAACCUGGAGGUGGAAAAUCGGAUUAAGAAAUGUGACAUAAAGAACAAGAUGAAGGAGACUAUCCAGUGGGUCAAGAAUCUGCAGGGUACACUCACUCCCUACAUUUGCCUUUUCCCAGAUGACAUUCUUUCACAGAUCAGAAAAUGCAAGAUGGCUCAUGAUGGUAUUCUGGAUAAGCAGCAGGUCAUGGAGUCAUUGGUGAAGGAGGUCAAAGAUAUCAUUCCAAACCUUACAGCAGAUGAGGGGGAUGAUUUAAAUAGCCUCCUGGAGGACUUACAGAGUCAAUAUCAAAUGCUAGUUUUAAAAUCAACUCAGAGAUCACAGCAGUUGGAAUUUAAAUUGGAAGAAAGAAGCCAAUUCUUUGCAGGGAUUGGGAAGGCUCAACUCACUCUUCAAAGAAAGGAAGCACUGAUCAUUCCCAAGAUGGAAGCAGCCUCCACAGAAACUGAGCUAGCACAUGUCCACUUCACUUUGAAGGCAUCCCAGGAGGAGCUGCGAGAAAUUGGGAGUGUGAUCUCAACACAUCUUCAGGAACUAGCAAACACCUGUAAGGAUCUAAAUGUCUUUGAAAGAUUAUUUCUUGAUGACCAUUUGAAACAUCUGAAGACCAGAGCCAGCAGAACACAAAGAUUCAUUCAGAGUAAGUGCAAUGAAGUAGAACAUAAGAUAAAUUCUUAUAGAGAACUCCAUGAAGAAACAUCUGGUCUUCAGAGGGAGGUUGAUCGUAUACAGCAUAAGGAACUACUACUUAACCAAGACAUAAAUCAAGAUGUGAAAGAGUUCAAUAAUCUUAAAGACAGACUUACUGGUGUUCGAUGUGAGAUCUUACAACUAUUAGAACUUAAAGAACUGUUUGACUACACAGGGAUAAACUGGGACUGUUCACAACUUAACCAAUUGAAAACCCAAGUAUUUGAAAAAGAAAAGAAACUUGAAGAAAAAAUCAGACAGUUGGAUACGUUUGUGGCAGAACAUGGCAAAUAUCAAGCAUUACUGUGUAAAGUAAGGGAUAUGGAUUUGCAAAUUAAGAAAAGGGCUGAAUUAGUACAGAAAGCUCCUGAUACCUCACCAGAGAGCAAUUUGCUCAAUGCAAUAAUUUUGAAUCAGAAGAUUGAGAAAGCGAAGUGCUUAUAUAAUGAGGUACUAAAGAAAUUAAGUGAAAACAAGGCCUUGGAUGACUCAUUCAAAGAGAAAGAAAUAGUACAACUAACACUGAAUGUAGAAGAAAAUGAUAAGUUACAGAAGGUCGUCAAAAACAUAGUACUAGAAUUCCAACCAAAAGAAAUUGAUGAAAAGAAUUUUCAGGACCUACUAGAAAAUUCCUUACAUGUUUUAAAUCAGAUUAAAUCUCACGUACAGCAGCCUUUGCUUAUAAAUUUGGGAAUUGAACAUAUUGAAAAUGAGAAGGAUAAUUUUGAAGCAUUUCUAGAACUAGUUCAGGAGGAAAUGUGUAGUAUUAAAGCUGUGACUGUUACCGAGAAGCAAAGAGAAGAAAACUCUCCUGAAACUGGUGAUAUGGAGACAAAAUUGCAAGAUGUUGAAGCGCUUCAGACACAGCUUAGCAGAAGCAUUGAUUUACGCAUGGAUGCCUUGAACAAUGCUUAUGAAAAUAUAACCCUCUAUAACGAAGCAGUCGCCAGGGCGAUGGAGAUCAUCACUUCCCUGGAAGCCAUCAUUGCAUCCCCGAGAGUAAACCUUCAUAAUCCACAAGAAUCACUAGAGAGGUUUCGCUGGAAGCAAAAGGAAUUGGAAUCCACAAUUGCAGACAUCCAGGACCUCAUCGAGAACCUGGGAACUAUAUCAGCACCCGAGGCCAAGCAGGAAUUCCAGUGUACCUUACAGGAAUUAAUUUCUAAGAACUCAGCCAUGAAGGAGGCGGCCACAGUAAAGGCAGCUAUGGUAGAAAGGUGUCUUGAGAAUUACAAACGCUACAGAAGUAUCAAGGAGUACAUUUGUACUCACCUCAGAAAAAUGGAGACAGUUCUCAGGCAGUCCAUGUCCCCGUUACCAGUGUCUUACAAGGAAGCUUUAGAGCGCUUGGAACAGAGCAAGGCCUUGGUGUCAAAUCUCAAAUCAACCAGAAAAGAGCUCACGAAGCUGCGACAGGUCCUUCGACACUUGAGGCGCAGGUGCACAGAAAAGGAUGGCAUGUGUGUGCUCAGAGGCCUGUCGGUCCUGUGGGAGAAGUGGCUCAGUUUGCUACAGGCUGCCAAAGUCUGGGAGAUGUGGAGUGAAGAACUGAAACAGGAGUGGAAAUUCGUUAGUGAGGAAAUGGAACGAGAAACAAUCAUUUUAGACAAUCUUCAAGAGGAACUCCCAGAAAUUUCCAAAACAAAGGAGGCCGCCACCACGGAGGAGCUCUCAGAGCUGCUGGACGCCUUCUACCAAUACGAAGAGAGUGUGGAGAUGCAGCAGCUCUUGCUGACCCUGCUCCUUCAGCGCAUAAAGAGUAUCCGGAAUGUUCCUGAAGGCCGAGGGGCUGUAGAGGCUGUCCCUGCUCUUCAAGAGAUCCAGUCCAUGCGGGAACGGUGCGACAGGCUUCUUCAGAAAGCUCAGAAAAAUAAGGAAUCAUUGCAGACUGAACUCCAGGGAAGACAUUCCUUCACAAAGGAAAUAAUUGCUUUGAAGAACGUAUUUCAACAGGCUUCAACUUCUUUCCAAAAUAUGGCAUCAGAGGGCCACCCAGAAAGGGCAAAGCAGUUGGAGGAGCUUCAGAGCAUUCUUAAGAAAGGCAAGCUCACUUUUAAGAGUAUCAUGGAAAAACUGCGAAUCCAGUACUGUGAAAUGUACACCAUAGUCCCUGCAGAGAUGGAGUCCCGGGUGGAGGAAUGCAGAAAAGCUUUAGAAGACAUAGAUGAGAAGAUUAGUGAUGAAGUCUUGAAGAGCUCACCAUCAUUUGCAAUGAACAGGAAAAUAGAGGAAAUUAACAGUGGGCUUCGGCUUGUUGAAAAUAUGUUGCAGCAGAAGAACGAAAACAUUGAGAAAGCUCAAGAAAUUCAAAAGAAACUGUGGGACAAGCUGGAUCUCUGGCAUUCCAAGCUAAACGAGCUGGAUUCUGAAGUUCAGGACAUCGUUGAACAGAACCCAGGACAGGCUCAAGAAUGGAUGGAUAAGUUGAUGAUUCCUUUCCAGAAGUACCAGCAAGUCUCACAGAGAGCAGAAACCAGAACCUCACAGUUAAAUAAGGCCACAAUUAAGAUGGAGGAGUAUAGUGAUCUUUUGAAGAACACACAGGCUUGGAUAGAAAAUACCAGUCGUUUGCUGGCCAAUCCUGCUCGCUAUGACUCUUCAAGAACCCUGAGUCACCAUGCCAGCACCCUGCAGAGGGCUUUGGAAGAUUCUGAGCAGAAGCACAAUCUUUUACAUUCAGUUUUCACAGAUCUAGAGGAUUUGUCAGACAUUUUCGAAACAGAUGACUUAGUACAGUCCGUACAAGACCUAAGCAGUCAAGUAGUAGAUCUACAGCAACAAAUAAUGGAAAGCCUUCCCCACAUUCAGCGGAUGGCAGAUGAUGUGGUUGCUAUUGAAUCCGAAGUAAAAUCAAUGGAGAAAAAAGUUUCCAAAAUCAGAACUAUCCUGUUAUCAAAAGAAAUAUUUGAUUUUUCACCUGAAGAACAUCUUAAGCAUGGAGAGGUCAUACUUGAAAAUAUACGCCCCAUGAAGAAAACCAUUGCUGAGAUAGUGUCUUACCAAGUGGAACUGAGGCUACCCCAGGCAGGAACAAAACCUCUGCCUGUGUUUCAGCGGACAAAUCAGCUUUUGCAAGCUGUAAAACUAUUGGAAAACGUGACUCAGGAACAAAAUGAGUUAUUAAAGGUAGUCAUAAGACAGACUAAUGAAUGCAAUGAAGAAAUAGAAAGUUUGAAACAGAUCUUAAAUAAUUAUUCAACGGAGUUCUCCCUUGAACAAAUUUCACCAGACCAAGCUGUUGACUUUCCAGAAGUACAGGAAGACAUCAAAAGUAUGGAACAGCAGAUUCUGCAUUUAAACCAGAAAAAAGAAGACCUAUUGGUGGACUUGAAGGCUGCCGUACUAAACCUUCACCAGCAUUUGAAGCAAGAACAGCAAGAAGGAGACAUGCUGUCAGCCAGAGCAUUGGAGGACGGUGGAGCGGCUGAGCUGGAUGUGUCUGAGUGGAAGCUGGACAGACCAGGCUCCAUGUCAUUCUUGCCAGCCGUCAAGGAAGAGGCAGAGGAAGGCUCCCUGAAGAGUGAAAAUGAAUAUAAGAAAGCGGAGCCGUCUUCGAGGUCUUUGCCUUUACUUUGGAAGCAUGACCUGGGCUUGGAGGAAGAUGGAGAAUCCUCCUCCUCAGCAACCAUCAUUCCGGAAGCAGAUGGGAAAAUAAGCACCUGUGAUAGUUCCAUGGUACAAAUUCUGGCACCAGACUCACUAAACACUGAGCAAAGCCUAGCAUUUUCCCCAAAGCUCAACCAAACAGAAGAGGGUCCCACUCCUCCUAUCAAGGCUGCAGCUCUGGACUUUUCUGAUAAGCCAGGAGAUUUUGAGACCUCAGUGAAGAGAACUAGGGCCCGGCCUGUAGAAGUCCUCCAUGUCUGCAAGACCCAGGUGGCCGAGCUGGAGCUGUGGCUGCAACAAGCCAGCGUGGCAUUUGAGCCGGAAACAUUAAACGCAGACAUGCAGCAGGUGGUGGAACAGGAACUGGUCGGGUGCCAGGCUAUGCUGACCGAGAUUGAGCACAAGGUUGCCUCUCUCUUGGACACUUGCAAAGAUCAGGGCCUGGGAGAUAGUGGAGCCACUCAACAGGAGGCCGAAGCACUCUCCCUGAAACUCAAAACUGUGAAGUGCAAUUUGGAAAAAGUCCAGAUGAUGCUGCAGGAGAAAUACAGCGAGGAUCAGUACCCUACCAUUCUAAGGAAACCUUCAGAACUUCAACAAGUCCUCCAGCCUAUUAACCUUCCUGAAUUGGUACCUAUUGUAACUGAAAAGCCACAAUUUAGCAGACAAAGAGAUGUCCCCGUGCAACAGGUUCUGGAGUUAAAACCAAUGGAACAGAAAGAUUUACUCAAGUUUAUAGAAUUUAAUGCUAAGAAAACAUGGCUGCAGUAUUGCCAACAGGAUAAAGAUACUACUCAGGGAUCAUCUGUGAGCAACAAGGCAUCUGGCCCUGAAAAUGAAGCUCCAGACUUGAUCUUUUCACCUCAGGGUCAAAAUGGUGAUAAAUGGCAAUAUCUUCAUCAUGAACUGUCCUCAAAAAUAAAGCUACCUCCUCCUCAGCUCGUGGGGCCUCAGGUUACCACCAAUAUGAGUAUUCUACCCAGUGUGAGUGUAUAUAACUUUAGAUACCCUACAACGGAAGAGCUGAAAAUGUACACCACCCAACUCGAAGACCUGCGUCAAGAAGCAAAUAACCUUCAGACACAGGAAAACAUGACAGAAGAAACAUAUAACGAUUUGGAUAAAAAAUUAUUUGAGCUCUUCCUGAGCCUCAAUCGGUGCCUCGGCAGUGUGGAGGAGAUGCUGCAGACACCGGGGCUCUUCAGGGAGGAUGUCUCUGCCCAGCAGGAGCACUACGAGAAACUGGCUCUCGAGUUGAAGAAACUUUAUUUAGCUCUGUGUGACAAGAAGAAUGAUCUUUUGAAAGCCAUGGCUUGGUCUGGCAGGAACACCACUUUGCUCCUUGAAUGUUUCGGUAGCCUCCAGGUCUGCCUGGAGCACACUCAGGCCAGCGCUGCCUCUAGAAGCAAGUCCCUGAAAGCUGGCCUGGACUACAAGCACAGUUACCAGAAUGAAAUAAAGCGACUGUAUGAUCAACUCAUUAAGAAUAAGACAGCUUUACAACAGUCCUUGAAUGAAAUGCGUGGCCAGAGUAUUGGUGAACAGCUUCAGAAAGCAGAUUUAUAUACAGCAGAGCUGCAGAAUUCUGAGAGCCGAGUGGCCAAACUAAGAGACGAAGGGGAGAGGCUUCGCUUACCCUGUGUUUUACUCCAGGAGGUUUACAAGUUAGAGGAUGUACUUGACAGUAUGUGGGGGAUCCUGAGAGCGAGGUACUCUGGGUUCAGUAGCCCGUUCAUCACUGAGAGCCAGCAACAUGCCCUUCUACAAGGCACAGUGGAACUAGUAAAUAUUGGAAAGGAAAUGCUUGCUCAUGGCCACUUAAAACAAGCCAAAAGUAAAGUUGCCUUACAGACUCAAAUACAAAAUCACAAGGUAUUUUUCAAGAAGCUUGUUGCCAACAUGUUGUUGAUCCAAACAUACUAUGACAAAAUGUUUCCUUCCGUGUUGCCAAAGAGAGAGAGAUUUUGGGCAGAACAAGUAACCGAAGUUAAAUCCCUGGAAGGAAAGGCACAGCAGUUUGGCAUGAAGCUGCAGAGUUUGUUGCAGAAAUGGGAAGAAUUCGAUGAAAACUUUGGAUCUCUGGAAAAGGACCUGGAAAUUCUUGUCUCUACAUUGCCUUCUGUGAGUUUGGUGGAAGAAACAGAGGAGAGAUUAGUGGAAAGGAUAUCAUUUUAUCAGCAAAUAAAAAGAAACAUUGAUGGAAAGCAUGCCCGGCUCUACCAAACUCUAAAUGAAGGCAAACAGCUGGUGGCAUCUGUGAACUGUCCUGAACUGGAGGGACAGAUUGCCAAACUGGAAGAGCAGUGGUUGUCCCUGAACAAGAAGAUUGACCUUGAACUGCACAGACUGCAAACACUUCUCAAGCAUCUACUCAGUUACAACAGAGAUUCAGAUGAGUUAACCAAGUGGUUGGAAUCUUCUCAGCAAACUUUGAAUCACUGGAAAGAACAGUCCCUCAAUGCGUCUCAGGACUUGGAUGCAAUCAGAAGCAACAUAAAUAAAUUUUUUGAAUUUUCCAAGGAAGUGGAUGGAAAGUCCUCUCUGAAGACUGCAGUUUUAAGCACUGGGAACCAGCUUCUGCACCUGAAGGAAACUGACACAGCCACGCUGAGAGCCUCCCUAGCACAGUUUGAACAAAAGUGGACCAUGCUCAUAACUCAGCUUCCAGAUAUUCAAGAAAAGCUUCACCAGCUUCAGAUGGAGAAAUUGCCAUCUCGUAAAGCCAUCACAGAAAUGAUUAGCUGGAUGAACAGCGUGGAGUAUCAGGCUGCAGGUGGAGACUCGGUGCACUUCCCUAGUUCUGAGUCUCAAGUGAAGAAUCUUCUUCAGAAGCUCAAGGAGUUCAGAAUGGAAAUGGACUAUAAACAGUGGAUCGUUGACUUUGUUAACCAGUCAUUGCUUCAGUUAAGCACCUGUGAUGUAGAAAGCAAGCGCUAUGAAAGGACGGAGUUUGCAGAGCACCUGGGGGAGAUGAACCGCCAAUGGCACCGAGUGCAUGGAACCCUGAAUAAAAAGAUACAACAUUUAGAACAAUUUUUGGAAAGUAUCACUGAGAAUGAAAAUAAAAUACAGAUUUUGAAAAACUGGUUGGAAGCACAAGAAGAGAAGCUGAAAACUUUACAAAAACCCGAAAGUGUGAUCUCCAUCGAGAAGGUGCUCCUGGACUGUCAGGAUAUAGAAAAUCAACUUGCAAUUAAAUCCAAAGUACUGGAUGAGCUGAGACAAAGCUACCUGACUCUGGAAAGUGGGGCAAUUCCAUUGUUAGAAGAUGCAGCAUCUGGAAUCAACAAGUUGCUUCAAAAGCGGGACAGUGUGAUUCGUCAGGUCAGUGAGCUCAAAAGCUUCAUGCAGUCGGUGCUGCAGGAGUGGAAGUUGUAUGAUAAACUCUAUGAUGAAGUGAACAUGCUGGCGAUCCAAUUUGGGUACUGCAUGGAACACAGCAAGCCUGUGGUGUUGUCACUGGAGGCCUUGAGGUGCCAGGUGCAGAACCUUCAGUCUCUUCAAGAUGAAGCUGAGAUCAGCGAAGGGAGUUGGGAGAAACUCCGGGAGGUUAUUCAUAGACUCAAAGAUUCCUGCCCCUCAGUUGCUGAAAUAAUUGAAGAGAAAUGCCAAGACACUCAUGCAAGGUGGACCCAGGUAAACCAAGAUCUUGCAGACCAGUUGCAGGAGGCCCAGACUCUGCUCCAGCUCUGGAAAGCUUAUCGCAGUGCUCAUGUGGAAGCCACAGCAAGGCUGGAGCAGCAGGAAGCCAAAUUUCAACAGCUUGCAAACAUCAACAUGUCUGGAAACAACCUGGCAGAGAUCCUGCCAGUGGCCCUGCAGGACAUAAAGGAGCUGAAGCAGGAUGUGCAGAAGACAAAAGAAGUCUUUCUCCAAAAUUCUAUCCUCCUGGACCGAUUCCCACAACCUGCAGAGUCCAACGCCUCGGGGCUCUUUUCUGGUCAACUGUAUUCCCUCCGGAGAGCUAUUUAUUUGGAAGAGAUGCUGCUUGUGAAAGCAAAUGAAUUUGAGUUUGUUCUCUCACAGUUUAAGGAUUUUGAGGACCGGCUGGAAUCUUUAAAAGGCCUCAUUAUACACGAGGAAGAGAAUUUGGAUAAACUUUACCAACAAGAUAAAGAAGAAAAUCCUGGCUUGUUCCUGAAUCAUGUGCUAGCAUUGAUAGCCCAGUCUCCUGACAUUGAACGUCUGAAUGAAGACAGCCUCAUGCUCCCACUCAGUGACAUGCCCCUGAAGACAUUACAGAAUAUGAACCGGCAAUGGAUUCGCACCACUGCCACAGCGCUGGACCGCUGCAGCGAGCUGCAGGAAAGUGGGUUAAAUGAAAAUUUUCUUCAUUGUUGUGAAAAGUGGGUCCAACUUUUGGAAAAGAUAGAAGAGAUGCUCAAAGCGAAUAUUGCCAACAGCCUCCCUGCUCUCCUGGAACAGCAGAAAGCUUAUGAGAUGUUAGAAGCUGAAGUUUCUAUAAACCAGACAAUUGCUGAUUCUUAUGUCACCCAGUCCCUACAACUCCUGGACACAACAGAAAUAGAGAAGAGACCAGAAUUUGUUUUGGAAUUCUCAAAUCUGACGGACCACUGGCAGAGUGCUGCCCAAGGCAUUCGGCAGAGGAAGAGUGACAUUGACCAGCUGGUGAGGCAGUGGCUAUACUUCACCUCCUCCAUGGAGGACUUGUUCCACUUCCUCACCAACACUAGCCACAUGCUGUCCGCAGUAAAGGAUCAGGAUUGCUACAGCCUCUACCAAAUCAGAAGUCUGAUCCAUGAGCUAAAGAAUAAGGAAAUCCAUUUUCAGAGAUGGCAAACCACCUAUGCACUAACCUUGGAAGCUGGGGAGAAAUUACUGAACACACCUAACCUGGAAGCAAAAGAGUCCAUGAACAAGAGAAUCAGACAGCUUCAGAACAACUGGAAGGACACGGAGCUCCAUCUAGCACAGAUGAUUAAGCAUCUCCAAAGCAUCAUAGAGACCUGGGACCAGUGUGAAAAGAAAAUCAAGGAGCUGAAAAGCAGGCUGCAAGUUUUAAAAGCACAAAGUAAAGAUCCUCUUCCAGAACUUCAUGAGGACCUCCACAGAGAAAGAGAGCUGACUAAGGAACUAGAGAAGUCUCUGACUAACUGGACUCAGAACUUGCAAGAACUUCACACCAUGAAGGGCGACUUAACCCGGCACAUUCUCUCGGAGGACGUGAUGGUUUUGAAGGAGCAGAUAGAGCAUUUGCACAGACAAUGGGAGGACCUCUGCCUCAGAGUGGCUACACGCAAACAGGAGAUUGAAGACAGACUCAAUUCAUGGAUCGUGUUCAAUGAAAAAAAUAAAGAGUUGUGUGCGUGGCUGGUCCAGAUGGAAAACAAGGUUCUACAGACCGCAGAUAUUAGCAUUGAAGAAAUGAUUGAAAAGUUGCAGAAGGACUGCAUGGAAGAAAUAAACUUGUUCAGUGAAAACAAGUUACAGCUAAAGCAGAUGGGUGACCAGUUGAUCAAGGCCAGCAGCAAGACAAGAGCAGCUGAGAUCGAUGACAAGCUCAACAAAAUCAACGAUCGCUGGCAACAUCUUUUUGAUGUUAUUGGAUCAAGGGUGAAGAAGCUGAAGGAGACAUUUGCUUUUAUUCAGCAGUUAGACAAAAACAUGAGCAAUCUUCGCACCUGGUUGGCUCGCAUCGAGUCUGAGCUUUCGAAGCCGGUUGUUUACGACGUCUGUGACGAUCAGGAAAUCCAGAAGAGGCUCGCUGAGCAGCAGGAUCUGCAGCGAGAUAUCGAACAGCACAGCGCAGGGGUGGAGUCCGUGUUCAACAUUUGUGAUGUCCUUUUGCAUGACUCUGACGCCUGUGCCAACGAGACCGAGUGCGACUCCAUCCAGCAGACCACCAGAAGCCUUGACAGGCGCUGGAGGAACAUUUGUGCCAUGUCAAUGGAGCGGCGCAUGAAAAUCGAAGAGACAUGGCGCCUGUGGCAGAAGUUUUUAGAUGAUUAUUCCCGCUUCGAGGACUGGCUCAAGUCUGCCGAGAGGACAGCAGCCUGCCCCAAUUCCUCUGAGGUGUUGUACACAAAUGCCAAAGAAGAGCUGAAGAGGUUUGAGGCCUUCCAGCGGCAGAUCCACGAGCGGCUCACUCAGCUGGAGCUCAUCAACAAGCAGUACCGGCGGCUGGCGCGGGAGAACCGCACCGACACUGCCAGCAAACUGAAGCAGAUGGUCCACGAGGGCAACCAGCGCUGGGACAACCUCCAGAAGCGGGUGACAGCCAUCCUGCGGAGACUCAGGCAUUUCACCAACCAGAGGGAGGACUUCGAGGGCACCAGGGAGAGCAUUCUGGUGUGGCUCACAGAGAUGGACCUGCAGCUAACCAAUGUGGAGCACUUCUCCGAGAGCGAUGCUGAUGACAAAAUGCGCCAGCUGAAUGGCUUCCAACAGGAAAUUACGUUAAAUACCAACAAGAUCGACCAGCUCAUCGUGUUUGGGGAGCAGCUGAUUCAGAAGAGCGAACCCCUAGAUGCCGUGCUGAUUGAGGAUGAGCUGGAGGAGCUGCACCGGUACUGCCAGGAGGUGUUCGGCAGGGUCUCUCGCUUCCACCGGCGCCUGACCUCCCACGCUCCGGGUUUGGAAGAUGAAAAGGAAGCCUCUGAGACCGAAACAGACAUGGAAGACCCCAGAGAAAUCCAGACCGACUCUUGGCAUAAAAGGGGAGAGAGCGAGGAACCCUCGUCUCCCCAGUCCCUGUGCCAUCUUGUGCCCCCUGCUCUGAGCCACGAGCGGUCUGGCUGUGAGACCCCUGUUAGUGUGGACUCCAUCCCUCUGGAGUGGGAUCACACAGGUGACGUGGGGGGCUCCUCCUCUCACGAAGAAGAUGAGGAAGGUCCAUACUACAGUGCACUCUCAGAUGUAGAAAUCCCUGAAAAUCCUGAGGCCUAUCUUAAAAUGACCACAAAAACUUUGAAAGCAUCUUCUGGUAAAUCCAUUUCUGAUGGCCACUCGUGGCAUGUUCCUGACAGCCCUUCCCAUCCCAAGCAUCACUACAAACAAAUGGAAGGUGACAGGAAUGUACCACCCAUCCCCUCGGGUUCCAGCACCCCUUACAAAUCAGCCUAUGGAAAGCUGCUAUUACAUCCAGGCACUGAUGGUGGCAAAGAAAGUCCAAGAGUCCUGAAUGGCAGCCCUCAGCAGGAAGACGAGCAUCUGGCCACCCUAACAGGACAGCCAUCAGGUGCCUUCGACAGAUGGGAACUGAUUCAGGCACAAGAGCUUCACAGUAAACUCAGAAUGAAACAAAACAUGCAGCAGCUGAACUCUAAUAUCAGCGCCAUCACUGCUUGGCUGGGAAAAACUGAAGCAGAGCUUGAAACUUUAAAGAUGGCAAAGCCUCCCUCCAACAUCCAGGAAAUGGAACCCAGAGUGAAGAGAUUGCAGGAGAUAUUAAAAGCUUUUGACAACUACAAGGCAUUAAUGGUCUCUGUCAAUGUGAGCGGCAAGGAAUCUCUCCCAACUGAGAGCACCGAAGCCACAGAGCUCCAGAGUAGACUCCGCCAGCUGGGCCUGCGCUGGGAAGCGGUCCAGGGCGCAGUGGACAGCUGGAGAGGGGACCUGCGGCAGUCGCUCAUGCAGUGCCAGGAUUUCCAUGAAUUAAGUCAAAACCUGCUCCUGUGGCUGGCAAGUGCUGAGAACCGGAGGCAGAAGGCUCAUGUCACCACUCCAAAGGCAAACCGCCAGGUCCUCCAGGAGUGCCAGAAAGAACUAAUGCAACUGAAAAAGGAACUAGUAGAACGUCAGCCUCAAGUCAACUCCCUACAGGAGCUCUCCACCAGCCUUCUCGUUAAGGGGCAUGGAGAAGACUACAUUGAAGCUGAAGAGAAGGUCCAUGUCAUCCAGAAGAAACUCAAACAGUUACGAGAACAAGUAUCCCAAGAUUUAAUGUCCUUACGGGGAAGCCAGAGCUCAGACCCAUCUCUGCUCAACUUUGAUGAGGUAGACUCCGGGGACCAGCCUUCUGCAGCAGCCAUGGCAACUCCCCAAGCGAAGCAGGUCAGAGCAGAGAGAACUACAGAAGAUGAGAAUGAGACAGACAGCAGGAUGUCUGGUCCCGGCAGCUCACAGCCACGGCGCUCCUUCCUCUCCAGGGUGAUCAGGGCAGCGCUGCCCCUCCAGCUGCUCCUGCUGCUGCUGCUGCUCCUGGCCUGUCUGCUGCCCUCCUCUGAAGAGGACUACAGCUGCACCCAGGCCAACAACUUCGCCCGCUCUUUCUACCCCAUGCUGCGGUACACCAAUGGGCCUCCCCCAACCUAGAGGGCUCAGCCAUACCACCAGCCUCUUUGCUGUGGGUGCCCAGCUGUGGCCCCAGACCAAUGUGUGAGUGACUCUUAGCACUGGGAAUGUCCAGGGAUCUGCAGUGGACACCCGCCUCUGGGCUUGUCCAGAAUGGGCUCUUAGGGUUCCAGGGCAGCUUUCAAAUGAAGUCCUUCCUUGUGGACAGGGAACUAUUGCAGCAAUUGCCCAGGGCAUUUUGGCAAAGCUAGUUGAUUGGUUGAGGGAACUCUGGAAAGGGCAGUUUUCCUAAGAGUCUCGCACUUUGUAAAUUCUGACUUAUUUGUAAAACAGCAUUAUUAUAACGUAGCUAACGUGGUCCAUGAGCAGUGGCGUUCAUCACAGAAUACAUAUUAGAGAAACAAGCAGAUCCCACCUUAGAAAUGGUUCCAAAAUUCAUAUGCACUGAGCUGAUUGACUGAAACAAUCAUAUUUUAAAUGUUUAGAAUCAGUUUUCUUCCAAUCAGCUAGUGAUCUUGAGCUACCAGAUAUAAACCAAAAUGUUCAGCUCAGUACCUAGAUCUGCUCUUUUAUAUUGCUUUAAAUUUUUAAAGAAA